AUGUCAUCCAGUGAAUCGAUCAACAGUGACAAAUCUACUCAUUCUCUUUGUUCUCGUGGUACCAUUGACCAAGUGGAAUUGAAGAAGGGCAAAAGAAAGCCUGCUGCCUCCUGGACAUCAGAUGAAGAAGCUGUUUUUGUCGACUUUCUAUUGUCUCAGUUUUCUGCAAGUGGCGAUGGAAAUUUCAAGACUCUGACACUUACUGCAGCUGCAAACUUACUGAAGGAGAGAUUCCCAAAUGCAAGUGGUGCUGAGAAGACAGCUAGUGUUUGUAAGACUAAGUGGCAAUCGCUCAAAUCAGGGUAUAAUGCUGUUUUAGAUAUCAAAAACACAUCAGGAUUUACGUGGAGUGAUGAGUAUGGAGUGGGAAUUGUUACAAAGGAUGAUGAUGUCUAG